UCAAAAUAGUAUUUGUAAAGUAGAAUUUAAUUGACUCUGGAGAGAGUGACCAUGGUGCAUUGCUUCGCUUUGUUACGUCAGUAACUCGGAGAGAGAUGUCGGCGUGUAGGUGGCAGUGGUAGUGUGUGUGAUUAUUGAUUUAAUUUUGUUAUUUUGCCUCACUAAAUUCCCUACUUAAAUACUUAAUAAACAUAAAAAUGGCAAACCCAUGUGCUACGGCGAAGGAAUUCAUCGUUGGUGGAAAAUAUCGGUUAGUGCGAAAAAUCGGUAGUGGUUCGUUUGGUGACAUUUAUCUGGGCAUCAACAUUACAAAUGGCGAGGAAGUGGCCGUAAAAUUGGAAAACGUCAGGGCCAGACAUCCUCAGUUGCUGUACGAAAGCAAAUUAUACAAGGUCCUGAACGGUGGCGUCGGAAUACCACAUAUACGAUGGUAUGGUCAAGAACGCGAUUACAAUGUUCUUGUUAUGGAUUUACUGGGACCUUCUCUAGAAGAUCUCUUCAAUUUCUGUUCACGCCGUUUCACAAUCAAGACGGUUUUGAUGUUAGCUGACCAGAUGAUAGCACGUGUGGAAUUUGUGCAUUGUAAGAGCUUCAUACAUCGAGACAUCAAACCAGACAAUUUCCUCAUGGGUAUUGGCAGGCAUUGUAAUAAGCUUUUCUUGAUAGAUUUUGGAUUAGCAAAAAAGUUCCGUGAUAAUCGAACACGCCAGCACAUAAUAUAUCGUGAAGACAAAAACCUAACAGGCACUGCACGUUAUGCCAGCAUUAACGCUCAUUUAGGAAUUGAACAAAGUCGUAGGGAUGAUAUGGAAUCUCUGGGGUACGUGCUCAUGUACUUCAACCGUGGCAGUUUACCCUGGCAAGGUCUUAAGGCUGCAACAAAAAAACAGAAAUAUGAGAAGAUAAGUGAAAAGAAGAUGUCAACACCUGUUGAGGUUCUGUGUAAAGGUUUCCCAGCUGAAUUUGCCAUGUACCUCAACUACUGCCGUGGACUGAGAUUUGAGGAAAGCCCGGAUUACAUGUAUCUGCGGCAACUUUUCCGUAUCUUGUUUCGCACAUUGAACCACCAGUAUGACUACACGUUUGACUGGACAAUGCUGAAGCAGAAGUCUGUACCACCAUCAGGUGCCGGUCCAUUGGCUGCAGGUGGAACGACAGCAGGCGUAGCCACGCCAGGUGAGAGGUCGGCCAAGGAGCGUGGUGACCGGACGUGAAGUGUGUGUCUCCCUCUGUCCUUGAUGAUGUUGAAUCUGCGCUUGAUCAACACACAGCUGUGUCCUUUGUAUUAUUUAGAAAUGUCAAAACACUGUUUGUAAUUGUUUAUUAAAAAUUUGAAGACGUGGGCACUUUUAAAAUUUUUAUUUCGGUAUUUCUUCAAUGAUUCUACUUAUCGAGAAACAUGAAAGUGAAUUCCUCUACUCAAAAGAUAGGAAGUAAAAGACAGUGUAACUGCGGAAAACUGAAGCAAUAUUUCUUUUUUGCUUCAGUGUAGUUUGAGAAGCAUUUUUCGUGUAAGCUACAUAAAAUAAUCUUAAAGGCACUGUUUCCUUUUUUUUCUUUUUUAUUCGAUUCACACAGUGUGUUUGUUUGUGAGAGAAAUAGCCUAAGUUUGUUUUAAAUGCAGCAGGCAAUCACUUGUUCUCAACUCUGUUUUGUAUUCUGUCUUACACGUAAAUAAAAUUGAAGAAAGUUGUCUAGCCACAUGGUUUAUGGUUGAAUGUAGUUUCUAAUAAAUUGCCUGUCUUCUGUUGACUGUUCAGUGUUUUUAAUAUAUUAUUAUAUGUAAAUAAGUACACAUACAUGUUCGUGAAGAUAUAUUUUUUCUGUUCCUGUACAUAAUGUUAAUAUUAUGGUAGAUACUUAUGUAUAUUAACUUGACGCAAGUGAGAAUUGUGUCGAACAAAUAAUUUUUCAUAUGUGGAAAAACACACACACUGUGGUUUCUUUAACAUUUCAAACACUUGAAAAGAUAGCAUUUUUGUAUUUCAUGAUCAUUAAUUUGCCAAGGCUGCAUUUUAAUGCUGCAAACUGGAAUAAAAAUAAAUGAAGAAUAUAGUGGCAAAUUUUUGAAGCAUAUGAUCAUUUCCUGAGUGCAUCCUAUCCUUUCAAGGAAACUUGUGUGGAUUGACUGUCAAUUUUGGGAAAAAAAGCAGUCAUGCGGAUGCAUAGAUUUUCUGUUAAGUGAACACAGAAAAUUUUAUUGCAUCGGCAGUGAUACAUAUCUUUGAGAAGACAGCUACAACACAUGCCAAAGCUUAGAGAAUUGUCUACUGGACAUUUAUUGAAGUGCCUUCUCUUUGAAAAAAUUAUGUAUUACCUACUCAUCAAAUCUCUUACUUUGAGAUGUUCAUUUCUUAUUUUGAAUACCAAAUAACCUUUGUUUUUAACAACACAGGCAAAACUGUGUACUGAAUAAAUGGUACUGUUGGUUCACAAAGCAUUGAUCAAUUUCUUCCUGGUGGAAACCACAGCUGUGAAAUCCGAAGAAAGACAUCUUCCGAAUAGUUGUAUUUUAAAAUUGUGUUUUAUUAAGCACUACUAAUUUAGGUGUAGCUCAUUUUCAAAUACUUCAAAAACACAUGUGGCUACAUCGUCCUCCUCAAUUAAAAAUUGUGCCAUGUAUCAUUAAGUACUGUUCGGUCUUAAAGGUGCCUGAUCUAAACUAUAUGACGGAUGGAACUGAAAUUGCAGCAACUGUUAAUUUACAAAUUACACAAAAUAAGAUAUAUGUUUCAAAGUUUUGCUGUCCUUCAAAAUAGUCCCCAGCAUUGUGUAUGACCCAUUGCAAGUGACACAGAAGUUGUAAGAUACUAUUAGCAGUGAAAGUUACGAUGAUAGUGGUGUGAUCUACUGCGUGAUGAAUCCUUAUAACAGUUCUGAACUGAAUGGCUUGAAAUGCUUCCUUCAGGUUAGGUGUGAAGUUUGCAGCUGAAGGGGAUUGUGGUGGGUGGUACAACACUUUCCAGCACCACCAAGUGAACUAAUGUCACAACUUGUGCUUGUGCUCCUGAGCAUUGUCUUGCAAAAUGGUGAGUGGGUCCUGCAGAAAGUGACACUGCUAAAUUGUUCAGCUUUUGCAACAUGGCCUGUAACGAGCUGCCAAAAAGAAGUGGUGACACUUUCUGCAGGACCUUCCCAUCAUUUUGCAGGACAGUGCUCAGGCCCAUAUGGCACAAGUUGUGACUGAUUCAUUCUGUCAGUAAGGCUGAAAAUUGCUGUAUUGCUCACCACAUUCCUCUGCAUUGAAGCCCUUGUGACUUCAACUUUAUUCAUAAAUUGCAGGAAACAUUUCUUGGCAUUCACUUCAGAACUGUUAGAUAUUCGUUGGGCGGUAGUCCACUAAACUCAAACUAUCAACACAACUGGCUCUGUUAAACGUAUCUGAAGACUUCUAAAUCGCUGAUAAUGUGUUAUACACAAUGCUGGUGGCCACUUUGAAAUGUGAAUCUAUUUUGUUUAUGCUGUAAAUAAAUAGUUGUCACUAUUAAAGCUCUACCCCUCGUAAAAUACAUGGAAUUAUAGUGGUCACAAGAACUUAAGUCAUAUCGCACAAUUACACCACCAGUAACACUGAGAAAACAAACCUUGGAGUUAGUGUUUGAUUUGUGUGUGUGUGUGUGUGUGUGUGUGUGUGUGUGUGUGUGUGUGUGUGACAAUAACUACUGUCAACUACUACCACCCUAUGUGUUUUAUAUUUUAGAACAUGCAUUUUGAUGGCUGUGCUAUGCAUAAUAAUGCAUGGUAUGUGAUUUUUAAUUGACAGCGAUGAUGAUGAUGAUGAUGAUGAUGAUGAUGAUAUUUAAAAAUGAGCUAAGCUCGAAAAUAGUAGUGCUUAGUAAAGUGCAAUUUUAAAAUGCAGCGUGGCGCAAUGAUGGCUUUGUUCACGAGUGUUGGUGUUUAGUAACAGGUUAUUAUUUGCAUGUUAAUUUAGGAAGAAAUAGAUUAUGGUAAACUGCUAAAAAAAGAAAUUUAUAAAUGCAGUAUUAAAUUAUAUCUUAACCUCUUAGUACAGUGGAUUAUGACAGUGUUACUGAUGGUUCAUUAUUUUUUACUGAUAUGAAUACAGUGCAGAGCAGAAUAUAAUGAGAAUAUGUGUGUGGACCAUAUUAGUAACACAAAAGAAACACAUGGUAUGAUAUGUUUGAAAGAAUACUAGGAUGCAGUUUCUUCUAUUUUAAUUACUUGUGAAAGUUUUGUAAUUAUUGGUGCAAUAUGGUUUGCUGUUAUAGUCCCCAAAUACAACAGUGAUUAUUUU